AUGUCUGAAGAGACGUGGCGGUUUCCUGCAGCCGAAUCCAGGCGUCCAGGAGUCCAGGCGUCCGGCCGCCAGUCCACAGCUGUGGGCACGCAGUGUGGCAGGGGCAGUGCCCUGUUUUGUGGGAGCUGGAAGCUGGUGCUGACCGACAUCCCUGCUCCUGACCUGAGGGUCUCCCCUCCUUUGGUCUGUGCACAGGACCCUGGCAGGACCGCCGCAGCAACAGGCGGCGACACAGAGGAGAAAAAGCUGAGCAAGUCACAGCAGCUGAAGAAAGUUUUUCAAGAAUACGGAGCCGUGGGCGUGUCAGUGCACAUCGGAAUCUCGCUGGUCUCCCUGGGCAUGUUUUACACGGUUGUUUCCAGUGGCGUGGACAUGUCUGCCAUCCUGCUUAAGCUUGGAUUUAAAGAGUCACUGGUACAGUCAAAAGUGGCCGCGGGCACUAGCACCUUCGUGGUGGCCUACACCAUCCACAAGCUGUUUGCACCCGUCAGAAUCAGCAUUACUUUGGUUUCUGUGCCCUUGAUUGUCAGAUAUUUUCGGAAAGUGGGAUUUUUUAAACCUCCAGCUGCCAAGUCCUGAUGAACGUCAGCUGUGGGCUUGGAAACCCACUGCUUUUAAAUCACAGUUUGGGUUGGUUUUAGGGUGGUGGGGGUUUGUUUUUGUUUUGGGGGGUGUCAGGGGCUACUUUUUAUGUUCUCAUGUUUGUUUUACUUUUGCCAGCAAAAUUCAGGUGUCUGAAUCAUUGUAAUUGUUUUGCUUUAUAAAUUUUGUUAGUGCUGUUCAUCAUAGGGCUUGUAUACAUUAUCUGAAAUGCCAUCGUAAACUGUUAGCUUACGAAAUGUUUCUCUGGAAGAUUGUUGGUGAGGGUUUUCCUGCAAAAACCCCAGGGGUUCAUCUUUGUUCAAGUUCUUAAAGAGCAACGAUUCAUUAGGCUAAUUUUAAAAUUCCCUUUCCUCCAAUAUUUGUUGUCGGGCUGCCUCGGUUUAAUAUGCAGUAUUCUGCAGAACAGCUGCCAGUACUGCAGCUAAUGAAGCAGAACUGAAGGCUUAACAAUAUGUAAUCAGGACCUAAAUGAGCACCGACACCUUCACCUUCAUUACACUUGCUCGGGGGAGAAGAAAAGCAAGUAUUUCUGGUGUUUCCUUUGUCCCCAGACCCCUUCAAAUCCGGACAUGCGGGGGGCCUACCUCAGGUGGUUUUUCUCAAAUUUCGUGAAAGUAGGUCAGGGUCAUUUGUCUCUGCUUAGGCAAAGUGUGGAAGCUUGUCCGGUAGUCAUGGCGUCCCUUUGGCUGCUGACACCCGUGUCCUCAGGACUGUGGAUGCCGCAUGUACGGAAAGCGGAGGCAGCCUUUGCCUAACGCUCUGUAUCUCAAACUCCAGACAUUCCAGACCGUCAGUGUUUACAUUGUGUUGCUUAUAUUUUCAACUGAGUUAAAAUUAUAGACAGUGAAAAAAAGAGUUUGAAUCAUCCUCUAAGUGAGUGGCACUUGCUAUAAAUGGAAGACAACUGUGAAGUAACAGGAGCCAGGGAGGGAGGGAAUUGUCCCCGUUGCCUGUCCUGGACGAGCCCCUUCCUGUGAGACUCAGCCCUGGCUCCGCACUCGGGACCCCAACUUAACCAGUUCUGCCCUGCAGCCCUGGUCAAGGGAGUUAGUUGUGUUUAUCUUUCUGGUUCUCAAUUUUUUUUCCUGUUUAAUUACAUUUGGGACAAUCAGAAGACUAAAGGAACUAUAAUCUGAUGGUCCUGAUUGUAUGCUCUGGCUGUUGACAGUUCCCUAGUUGGCUUUUGUAACCCAUGUCAAUCACUUAAGUUUUACAAAAAUCAUCAUAGAACAAAUUCUCCACUUGUAAGAUCUCUAGUGGAUCUUUUCCUUUUUUCUUUUCUUUUUUUCCUUUCAAAGCAAUUAACUCAGUACCAAAAGGUUUUACCAAUUUAAAGUUGGAACUGCCUGUCUGGGAUCUAAGCUCCAGGACAUCCACACAGCCAAGCGAGGUGCCCGAUUCCAGUGCGAGCUCAUUCCUCAUGUGGACCAGACCAGCAUUUCCAUCUCGUCUCUUCUUCAUUUAAACCAGUGGCUUCGGGCUCCUAACCCCCUUCUAUACCAGUCUCCCUAACAAACAGACCCCUAGUAAUGCUGGGCUCCUAACCCCCUUCUAUACCAGUCUCCCUAACAAACAGACCCCUAGUAAUGCCUAUGCAAGGACUUAAAUCUUAAACUUUGACUCUGUUUGGAGUGAUGGGAGUGGACUGAAAGGGCAGGCCAUAAAAUGAAUUAUCCUAUCAAACAGCCAUAGCGUCUCUUCUAAGCCUGUACUCCACUCCUUUCCUUUGGCCAGUGGUCAAACAGCAGCAGAACUGGAGAGUCAGGAAAUCAAAGGAUCAUUAAUUAUAUCAGUUCACCAGCAAGAUGUACAAACUGCUUAUGUUUACACUGUUUUUAUGCAACUAGGAAUAAAAUGGAUGGUCUAUUUUAAAAAUGUAAA